ACGCUGUUGCUCACAUAAAGAAAACAAACUUUGGAGGGUUCAUUAGGGAUAUCUUCCUAAAAAAGAAAAAGAAAAAUGAAAUUUGAACUGAAGGUAUAUGAGUUACCCAGUACGAGGUAUGGAAUUGUGAUACCCUAAUGUAAGCUAUCGAAGGCCUUUUCUCAUGUGAGGAGCUAAAGAAAAUAAACAAAGUGCAGUGGUGAAGUGAGGGUAAGAAACGUAUCAUUGACAUUAUUAAACCGUGUAUUUAGAAACGCGGAAGUUUCCUCUUUCUGAAGUUAAUUCCUUUAUUUAUCCUUUCUCACGUUCUCGAUUCGCAGACCAUCCAAGGUUUAUUCCUUUUUUCUCUUUGUUCUUACAAAUCCGACUAUGCUGUCUGUCUGUCUGUCUGUCAGGCCCUAACUCCCACCUCACUGAAAAUCCUCGAUUCCACAGAACUCAUUCUCGAACUCUUAUGUAACAUUUCCCUUAAACCCUUCCCUUCCCCUGGCUCAGUACCUGACGUUUCGAAGUGAUAGCCCUUCUCGCCCCCCGCCAGGAGGAUACGACUUCGACCCUUGUUUGCGCUAAGUGACUCCCCCCCCCCCCCCCCCCCCGCGAUUCUCCAAUCCCUCUCCAGCUCCCCUCCAAUCUCUCUCCAGCUCCCCUCCUGCCCUUCCCCAGCGCCCCUCGAAACCCCCUUCCCAGCGCCCCGCCCUUCCGAGGAACCUUCAGACGUCACUAAGCUCCCUCCUCCCCCUCCUCCCCAUACCGCCGAGGAGCUCUCGGACCCUUGCUGAUCAUCCGGGACUCUCUCCACCCCCCCUCCACCAGGUCCCCAGCGAGAAAAUGAGAGGGACUGGACUCCUGCUGGCGGCGCUGCUGGCCAUGGUGGCGCUGACGGCGAUCUCUGAGGCCAAGAUCAGAAGCAGGAAUAGUAAAAUCAGAGCUGGCGAGGAGGAAUUCCACAAGUCAAGGCGUCAGCAGUACAGGAAGUUCAAGAAAGGUUCUUCUUACACUCAUGUUCCCUUCAUCAACUCUGAAGACAAGGCAUACUGGCUGAAGGAGGGUCAGACCGCCCUUCGCGAGCAGCUCCUCGUCAGCCCGAAGGUGCGCCAGGCCAAGAACAUUAUCCUCUUUUUGGGAGACGGCAUGUCUAUCCCCACCGUGACCGCCUCCAGAUACCUGAAGGGGCAGAAGACUAGCCGCUGGGAACACGAAGAGAUGGCUUGGGAUAAGUUCCCUUAUUCGGCGCUCAUUAAGACGUACACGACAGACAGUCAAGUAGCAGACAGUGCCGCGAGCGCCACAGCCUACUUGUGUGGCGUUAAGGGCAACCUCGGUACUAUUGGAGUGGAUGAGAACGUCAGUAAAGAGAAUUGUUCGGCUCAACAGAAUGCUGCUUUCCAUACGGACUCCAUCGCUAAGUGGUUCCAGGACGCCGGGAAAUCGACAGGCCUCGUGACCACGAUGAGGGUGACCCACGCCACGCCCGCCGGUUCGUACGCCCAUAUCGCUGAUCGAGAGUGGGAGGACGACCACGAGAUCGUGGACGACGGAGAGGACGACAUCGGAUGCGACGACAUAGCCGAGCAGCUCGUUCUGAACGACCCGGGACGCAACUUCAAGGUGAUCAUGGGCGGCGGCCGGCGAGUCUUCACGCCCAACGAUGUAUUGGACGUGGAAGAGUCUCGCUACGGCUACCGACGGGACGGCAAGAACCUCAUUAACUCCUGGCUUGACGAUAAGAGAGGGCGAGGGAGCAGCGCCGCCUACGUGUGGAACCGCGAGGACCUGCUGGCCACGAAGACUAAUGACACCGAUUAUCUGCUGGGACUCUUUGCCUACAGCCACAUGGACUACCUGGUGGAGCGAGAUACUUCCAUGGACCCGAGUCUUCCUGAGAUGACGAGGGCGGCCAUCGAGGUCCUCCAGCGGGAUAACAAUGGCUUCUUCUUGCUUGUGGAAGGCGGCCUCAUCGACCACGGCCACCACGGGAACAAGGGCAUCAAGGCUCUGACGGAGACGGUGGAGAUGGACGAGGCCGUGGAGGUAGCUCUGUCCAUGACCAGCCAGGAGGACACACUUAUCGUAGUCACCGCUGACCACGCCCACACCAUGAGCAUUAACGGAUACCCAUCCCGCCACACAGACAUCCUCGGUUUGGCAGACUUCAGUGACGAAGAUUACAUGCCCUUCACUACCAUCCUGUACGGUAAUGGACCAGGAUAUCGGGAUCCAGUUAACGGACACCGCCCAGACCCAACUAAUGAUGAUCUGCACGACGUCAAUUACCGGCAGCCGGCCUCGGUCCCAAUGUCCUCGGCGGCGCACGCGGGCGAUGACGUCGGCCUCUGGGCGAUAGGGCCCCACGCGCACCUCUUCACGGGCGUCUACGAGCAGAACUACAUCCCGCACGCCCUCGCCUACGCGGCCUGCGUCGGCAACGGCCUGACUUACUGCGGGAACAACCGCUUCAGGAGGAACUAUACUUACCGCGGGCGCCUGCAGCGGUGGCGCCCCCUCGGCUGAGUGGGCGCGGCGUCGGGUCUCCCUUGUUGUUGCAUUAUUUAUCUUCCAGCUUCAUUUCUUUUGUAUUUAAUGAUUUCAGAUUGUGAUAAAACGGUGUCAUAAGCAUACAUAGAGAUAUUUUUAUAUGAAAUUAUAUUUUAUGAUUUAGCUUUCUAUUUUAGCUUUGAGUUUAAGACAGUUGUAGAGUAGUUCCCCGAAUUUACCAGACCUGAUACUAACCACACACUUAUUUAUGCCAAUAAAACGCUGAGAAAUCAAA